AGAGAGAGAGAGAGAGAGAGAGAGAGAGAGAGAGAGAGAGAGAGAGAGAGAGAGAGAGAGAGGGGGGUUGAACGGGAAGCAACAUCACCGUCUUUUCCAUCCAGCAUCUUCACCGACCAACACCGAACUCGUGUGGGAACCAAGUGCACUCAGACUGUCCUCCGGUGUCCAGAGUUCCCCCCCUCCUCGUCCUCCUCAAAAUGUCCGUGGGCAGUGACUUUGGGAACCCCUUAAGAAAAUUCAAACUCGUCUUUCUGGGGGAGCAAAGUGUUGGAAAGACGUCUCUGAUCACACGGUUCAUGUAUGACAGCUUUGACAACACAUAUCAGGCCACAAUUGGAAUUGACUUCCUGUCGAAAACCAUGUACUUGGAGGAUCGAACGCUUUCUCUCUCUCAACCCCAGGUGAGGUUGCAGCUCUGGGACACAGCGGGACAAGAGCGCUUCAGGAGCCUCAUUCCCAGUUAUAUACGGGACUCCACUGUAGCUGUGGUGGUCUACGACAUUACAAAUGUUAACUCAUUCCAGCAGACGUCAAAAUGGAUCGACGAUGUGAGAACAGAGAGAGGAAGUGAUGUCAUAAUUAUGCUAGUCGGCAAUAAAACAGACCUGGCAGAUAAGAGGCAAAUCACAAUUGAGGAAGGUGAACAGAGGGCUAAGGAGCUGAGUGUCAUGUUCAUAGAGACGAGCGCCAAGACGGGUUACAACGUCAAACAGCUGUUUCGGCGCGUGGCAGCUGCUCUUCCAGGGAUGGAAAGUAUGCAAGAGACGAGCAAAGAAGGGAUGAUCGACAUCAAGCUGGACAAACCGCAGGAGCCCCAGACCACCGAGGGCGGCUGUUCCUGUUAAUACCCGGCACCUGUCCUGGAGAAGAAAACAAAACAAAAACGAAAACAAAAUCAUUUACACCACAUGCUUGUUAUGUUGCUUCCUGUCGGUUAACCUGCAGUCGACUUUGCACGUUAAGAAUCUGGCCUCCUCACCUGACUAUCGGUUCAUCAGUUGGAACUAUCAAUAUGUGAAUUUGGUUCUGGAGUAGUGUAGCCUACUUUGUUAGUGAAACUGCCAAAAAAAGAAAAACAGUCUUACAACUUGCAAAAAAAAAAAAAAAAAAAACAAGACGAAUGUGAAAAAAGAUCCCAAGUUACAUAUUAUGUGUAUACAAUUUUUUAAGUAGAAAAGCAAGUUUCCCCUCUUUCUUUUUUGUAAUUUUGUAUAUUCAGGGAAAUCUCUCUGGAAGGGUUGUUUCUUUAUUUUGUUUUGUUUUGUUUUGUUUUUGUUUGUUUUUAAAUGCAAACAACGAGGCUCUGCGUCAGAGAGCUGGGAGAGAGCAGAUGGUUUAAGACGUAUUCUUAUGGAUGCGACUGUUGUUAGAGGCAAAGAUGGAGGUCCCCCAAAAUGUUAACCAAGGCCAAACUCUUACCUUUUCUCGACUUCAUGCCUACACUUAACCAUCCGCAGGCUUAUUACCUGAACACGGCCACAGCCUCGCGGUUUCGGUGGACCAAUCACGGCGCCCGUAACCCCAGUGCUCUCCAUAACUCUGCGUUUCUGUACGUUACAGGACAAAGUGAACAGUAACAUCUUGAGUAUCUAAUGCAUGUCUUAAGUUUUUGAGCAUAGGUACCGUGUGUACACGAGUUUGAACAUGUGAAUGGUAACAUGACACCAGUGACUUAAUGCACUCUGAUAACGACUAGUCCAAGUCUUUUUGUUUAUGAGAACUGGAUUUGUAUACUUGACUUCAGAAAAUCUUUUUUGUCGUGUGUGUGUGUGUGUGUGUGUAUGCGUGCGUGCAAGUGUGUGUGCGUGUGUGUGUAAACGUGUGCUUUCUGUAUAGGCAACAUUAGAAUGCAGAGAGAGAGGGCCACUGCCAAGUCGUGUCAUUCUCGCCACAUUACGGCACCGUGUAGGUCACCCAUUUGUUUGCAGGAUGUCAUUAGACUUCCCCCACUCACAGCGGUAAGCGUGUGACGUCUCGGUAGUUGUGAUCAUGAUAGUCUGCUACAUCCAUACGUGAGCAGUGAGCAGUGGAGAACCGGAAGCCGUUGCCUACGUGGUGAGCUGUAGACUUUAUUGCAGGUUCUGUGAUCAGCGCAGACCGUUAACAUUGUAAACCAGUUUCAUUCCUGUCAAGAGACUAAUUUGCACAUGUAGACCUUUCAGGUUAAUAUGAAGUUCUGAAAAGCUUCAUUAUAAAUGUAUAGUCACUUAAUUUAAGACCUGUCUGAUUGUCAUAGAAACUGUCGCACGACAUGUCCCCACUGAGAUGAGGUUUUCUUUUGCUGCUUGUGUUUAAACUGACUACUGAUGUUGUCUUUAUGCAAUGUUGUCUCUUUUUAUUUUAUUUUUUUAUUUCUUUCUUUUUUUCUUUUCUUACCAGAGCCUGAAAUCGUAACGUACUGGUGGUGAAGUCAGCCAGUGUCGAGAACACUACUUUGAUUUGACUCGUCUUUGAAGUGAAAUCUUACUGCACUUUUUAAGGAACAUGUUUUAGAAUUAGAGUGACAAUGUUAAGUCUUAGAAAUGUGGUACAACAACAACAAAAAAACAAACAAACAAAAAACAAACAAAAAAAAAUUUUAUCUUUAUCCCCAGAACUUUUGGGGAACUGUGUCUUAGAGUAGAGGAAAACGUUCAUGAAUUGUUCACACUUGUCCAAAAAAAGGGGGAGCACUCUUGUGAAAACUAGUGAACCUUUCUAACCCACAUAAUGAGCCAAAUAAUAAUAAUAAUAAUAAUAAUAAUGAUUAAAAUAAUAAUAAUAAUAAUAAUAAUAAUAGUAAUAAGAGACCGAGUUGGAUCAAAUAUCACAGGAGACCUUGACUGGAACACACUGGUGGUGUUGGGAAUGACAAAGACAGGUUGCAUUUGGAGUUUGAAUCCCUCGUACUGGAAAAAAGAAAAAAACAAGUCUAAUAACGUUUGAACCCUCUGUGUUGCUGCCUAUUUAUUUUACUGAAACAGGAAUGUACUGCUCUCAUUACUGACCACACAGCCUUGUAAAGGAGAGCACUUUUAGAGAAAAAAAGACUCAGUGGGUAUUUAUUUUUAAAUGUGGACAAAAUGAUUGAUCGGUAGCUAUAGACAUUCCUUUGUAUUUAACCUUAAAUAUGAAAGUAGAGCCCACCUUUGCUUUGGUUUCCCCCGAAAGGCCCAUUUUAACAUUCCCCUUGAAAAUGGACCAAGUGAUGCAACACAAGUCUUUGCGUGUUGUGUUGUGUUGUGUUGUGUUGGGGGUGGCGAUGGCGGUGGCGGUGGGGGGGGGGUCUGCAUUUGAAGAUGGAGGCCAUGGCCAUUCCCUGAGGGUGUGUAUGUUCUGUCACAGCUCUGAGCAGCAGACCUGACCAGUCCGGAGCUGACUCUCCAUUCACACUGUACAGAGAUCUAGCAUGUCUCUCCAAAUGAUUAAUAAAGAUGUCUUAUUACCAAAGUCA